CGACCACAUUUUGAACACUCGCAUUUUAUUUUUAAAUCUCCUAAAUAUCAAACUUCGUUAGCGAUUAGGUUUCGUUCUAAAAGCAGCUGAAAUGUUACGCAAGCAUGGCUAUAUUUCACUUGCUCUUUGCCUGCAGGCAACUAUUAAAGUAGCUUGUGCAGUUACUCCUCCCGUAAACGUCGAUCUAGCCAAUUCCACUGAGGCAGACUUCAGUCCUAUGGCUCGGAUUGUGGGUGGAGAUGUCGUAGAGGAAAGAAUACCCUGGAUGGUGUCUAUAAACGCUCCUUCAUACGGGUCUUUCGGUGCACAUUAUUGCGGGGGUACGUUAAUCAGUAACGACUGGGUACUCACGGCAGCACAUUGCUUAGAAGAUUACGGCAGUCAAGCACUAUACCAUACCAUAGAGAUUGGAAAAUCUAGUCAAUAUUCGCAAGAUGAGAUGCACACAUCCGGCAUAUCACAGAUAACGUGCCACGAGGACUUCGAUAGCUACUAUCUGCAAAAUGAUAUAUGCUUGCUGAAAUUAUCGAGUCCUGCUCCGGAUACUAUUCAAGUGGCCAGAAUCAAUUUCGACCCAGCAAUCCCGGCUGUGGGUGAUCCUUUAUCGUAUAUUGGAUGGGGAUUGAUGAAUGAACAAGGCAGUGUACUGCCUGAUCAGCUGAGGGGCGUGAGUGUCGAUACGAUUGAUACACUUCUCUGUAGUAGGGUGUAUGGUGAGUUGGUUACUAACAAAAACAUCUGCACUUAUAAGCUUGGCAAGGAUUCGUGCCAGGGUGAUUCAGGCGGACCUUUGAUUGCCCCAGGUGCAGAUGGUACUCUAGCCAGUGGUACAGUAGUUGGCGUCGUCAGCUUCGGCGAGGGCUGUGCGCGACGUAAUUAUCCUGGUGUAAAUAGCAGGAUUUCUGCAUUUCAAGAUUGGAUUGAGGGUAUUGUGACCGGGGUCUCCAUUCCAGCAAUCCCUGAUAGAGUCGCUGUCGCUUCACCCGACAUCGUGGACGGGGAGGAUGUUGUGGCGGUUCCCAAUCCUGUACCACCAGUCACAAACACAAACCCGCCUGUAAUCACUGUGGUUUAUAUCAACGACGACCAGCCUCAAGUUACAGGAAAUGAUACGGAACAGGUGAUAUCUGUGAUAUCGUCUGAGGACGUUAGCAUCUGGGAUAUUUUUAAUGGCAUGUUGAGUGACAUAUUCUCACGAUCUGCCACGUUAAUGGAUCGUGCAGAGAUACAGAGCAGCGUAGCGCAGUUGGCGGACAUACAGAAGAAGAUCGCCGCCGAGCUGGAUGUGCUUACCAGGAAGUUGGAUGGCUCCGAGCUUGGUAGAUGAUUUUCAGAGUGUAUUGGAUUGUAUCAUCUGCUUGAUUAAGAGCCUGCCCAGAUUAUAUGAGUGAAUUUUUUCUGCUCCUACUCAUCUGUGAAACUGCCUGAGGCAUUCGUUUAUUCUUCGGCCAAAAAGCAGUAACCACCCAAAUGGUAUAUAUUACACUCAUUGAGUCCGCAGCUUGCUGUAGAGUGUCACUGUUCAUCGUAACAUUACACGGUACUCAACUAAGACCUUCUGGACUAUGGUUUGGCAAUGGAGCCUUAGAGGCCCGCUGACAAGGUGCAAGGCUCGAAGAACUUAUGGGAGAUUAAAUACAGCCCAUUAUAGGAGCGUACUUGCCGCGUUGUCGCAAAGCGCCUACGCAGUGGUAUAUUGGACAAGUUCUACUGUGUGGAACUACUCCCGGUUUCAGAACGAACACUUGAGAAAUAUUUAACGAGAGGAACAAACUGAAAGUAGAUAAAGCAUCGUUCCAUGGAUUGAACGAUUGUAAAUAGCACAAAUAGUCUCUUGAAUUGAACAAAAGCACAUCAUACGCCUGUGGCUGGUAUGGUAAAGACAUAAUGAAAUAAAAUGACAAAACUUUACUCGUGUAUA